ACGUGGCCUUUACGGAGGGGCUGAAUUGAGCGAUCCGCCACCCUGAAAAUAAUAGCAUCACAAAAACCCUCGCAAGGGUUUCUGAAGUCGUUUAAGCAAAUCUGUAGGAAACCAUCAAAACCCUAUGGGCACCGUCGCAGUGGAGAAGACAGCGGAGGAGCUCCGUAAAGAGAUCGUUGAGCUCCAUCGCCAGCAGCGAGAGAUUACGGAGCGACUGCGGGAUCCUCGUGGUCUCCGAAGAGGAGGCUUUUCGGGCGCUGGUCCUCGCAACUUUGCGGCCAAUGGAGCCCGUCAGCGUGGCAUUGUUCGCCCGGCUGAUAGAACUGGAGUGGAAGAUCAGCCUCCGGCGAAACGGCGGCUGUCUUCAGCUGUGGUUAAGUUGGAGGAUGGAGAGAUCAUUGAAGAUACGGAGGCAGAAAAGGAUGUGAAACAUAUGGAUUCUACUGUUGAAGUAAGCAUUGGGACAGGUGGAGCUCAUGGGAAUGACAGCAAACCAUCUAAUUUCAGGCAGACUGGUUGGCCCAUGGGGGACCGGAAUAUGAGAACAGCAAAGAAUACUGAGCCUUCAGUAAUGGAGCAUGUGCCAAGAAUUUUGCCCAAGGAUGAAGACCCAAGCUUGGUUAGUAGGAAUAAAAGAAUGCUUGGGCGACUAUUGGGGACUUUGGAGAGAUUCAGGAAAGAAGAUAUGCAACUUUCUGGUACAGAGGCAUAUAUGCGGAGGUCAAAUUCUUUGCAAAGAGCUGAGCAGAGAGCUCGUGAAGAAAGUGAAAGGCUGAGGCUGCAAGAGCGUGAACAAAUUGAAGAAAAGAGGAAGAGAGAUUUGACUCUCAGGGCGCGUAUUGCUGCAAAGAAAGAAGAAAAGGAGUUGGAAUUGCUGUUUCUUGAGUGGAGUAACCAUCAUAAUAAGCUUAGCAAUUUUAUAAGGACUAAGACGGAGCCUCACAUAUAUUAUUUGCCCAUGAAACCACUGGUUGAAGAUGUGAAGUUACUUGAGCAGCAGAAGGAACAGGUAUUUUCUGAUUGGAAGGCUGCUAGGAGAGAGGAGCUAUCUCAAUAUCAGAAACAGAUCAGUGAACAAUACAUUGCCAAUGUUGAGAAGGAGUUGGAGAGAUGGCAAAAUGCAAGGAAUGCUAGGAAUGUGAAAAAUGAUCCCUCGAAUUUACAGGAAACAAUGGACAGAGAAUUGGAUACCCAUAGGCUUGAGCAUGGUCCCAAAACAAGAAAGAUCCCUGGUGGAAGCGACAAUGAAGAUGAGGACGAUAUAGAAGAUAUAAAUGUUGGGGAGGAUGACAUGAUGGAUGAUGUGCUUGAUGUUGACGAGAACAGAAGGGUCGAUGAAACUGCUAAGCCUCAAGCUGGUAAUACCAGUCCACAGCAAGAUGAUAAUCACCAGCAGUAGUUGAAGCCUUCCCACCGCUUCCUCUCAAAUAAUUCCCUUGGCAGGUAUUUUGAAUGCACUAGCUGUUUCUUGCUUUGGUAUGGUUUCCCCCUUUUAUUCUAUUCUAUAUAUUUGUCAUGAUGGUUUUUGUGAGUUAGGUUGUAAUUUGUUUUGGUGCCUCACCAUUGUUGUACAAGCAUAUCUUGGAGUUAGGAGAGUGAUUAUACUCUUUCACCUAGUUGAGUGAUGUGUUUUCCAUCUAUAUUCAGGUAGUAAAUUUUUGAAGCUUCUAUUUAUCAAAAUGAUCAAUGCAUAUUUAUUCUCAGGACAAGGUGUAAUCUUUUUCUGUAAGCAACUUUCCAACUUUUUUUGGUGCCUGGAUUGCUAUACUGGAACCGAGAUAGUUAGCUUUCAGAAAAUGAUAACGAUAAAUGAUACUGGAAUGCCUAGGCUUUAUUCUUCUGAAGGUGGGUUUUUCAAGCAGAAUGUUACUGGUUUAAUUAUUGAUAAUCAAAUGGGAUGACAAUCCUGUAGCCUAUACCCUUGGUCUUCUUUUGUUGCCUUUGCAAAGACUGUUGCAUGGUUUGUAUGAAGCCCAUGCAUAAACUGCUAGAAUAUUAUGUUCAAUGGAGUUUGAAUGAACAACAGAUGUCGAGCUUAUCUCUUUUUCU